AUAACAUGAUCUAAAUUUCAUUCAGGUUUGGUUUUAGAGUAAAUUUUUCUAAUCUCAAAGACACUUUAGCUUCAGACCUAAGGCUGUGAAACUGUCGACAAACUACUAUCAGGUUGGAUAUAGAAUGGAGAAAACUCGGAAUAACGUUUGGUGUAUCUUUAUUGCAGUGUUCUACUGGAGUCUUAUUUCAUCACUUGCUGAAUCAGUUAUUGACUCAUCAUGCAAAUGCGAAGAAAACACACCACCGGGAAAAGCUUUCACAUUCACUGUCAUGAGCUCGUGGUCAGCAUGCGAAGAUUGGGCACAACAUGAAACAAUAGAAGUAGGGUGCUACAGUGGUAUACAAAGGCGUAUGCUAAAAUGUCAAUACAAGAACAUUGACGGUGCGCCAGAAACUCCGGAAAUACGCAAAUUGAACGCAAGAUCCGAAAUGUGUACUGAAUCUCGGAGAUGUCUUACACAGGGAAGAAUAUGUGAAGGAUUCUGGGGUCAGUGGACAAAUGACAGCCCAUGUAAUUGCGUUUCGAGGAAAAAGGUUCAAACAAGAUAUUGCAACAAACGGAGUCAAGACCGUACUGUUGAGAACAAAGAUCUCUCUAUACAUUGUCCGGGGAGUGAUGGGCACUUUGAACAAAACAGAACAAUUGCAUGUGGUAUUCGAGAUUGCCCACGACUAACAGAAAAAUCCACUACGACCACGACAACAAUUCAGAAUAGUUUAGAUUCUUCACCGCGAACGACGACACUGCCGGUAGCACCGAUUGAAACAACUAGUACAAAAGCGGCUUCAGAUACAACAUCGGCGGAAGAAAAGGCAGAAGAAAUAGAUUCGUACUUAACAACACAGACUUUUAUUGUUGCUGGAGCGGCAGCAGCGGUUGCAAUCUUCGCAAUAAUAAUGCUGAUAGCCGUCUGCUGUAUGAGACAAAAUCAACAUAACGAUAGAAGUGGAAACAAAAAGAUUGAAAACAAUAACAACUCCCAAGUGUCACAUAUCAUACCACCUCCACUUCCUUCCAGUAAUGGAUUUUCUCGCCCUGGAAGCAUAAGCAAUCAUCAACAACAACUAUAUGAUGGAGCGAUUCCAAAUAGUCUUUACGUUCCUUACGUCGACAGCAACGGUGAUGAGUACAAUGUUCCACAGCCAGGAUAUAGCACUCAACCAAGUCCUGCCCGACGAGCCUUAACCGCGCGGUUGGGGCAAAAUCCAUGGCGCCCGAUUCCAAAAAUAGCAUACCGGGACAGAAGUGCUACUGUGAGUGCCUUACAUCAAGAGUAUGACACAACUUUAAGGGACCGACCAGUCCAUAGACCCAGCGGGUAUCCACGUUCUAUAACAUUACUUAGACCCACACGGGAAAGUGCGUAUGAAGUCCCUAUAGAUGGUGUGGAUGACGACCAUGAGAUAUACUGGAGUAUUGAAGAUACAGAGGCACUUAAGACAUACCAAAGCGGUUCUCAACCGAAUGUUUCUAUAUACAACCAAUUCUAGUACCAGUAAUAUAACACACGACAUUAAAAGUGCAUCGUGUAUGCCAAUGAAGUCUACAAAGACCUCUGCGAAGAAGUGAAGUUGGACGUGAGUUAUUUUAACUACGGCUCAACUACAGUGUCAUUUCUCCAUUAUUGAACUCCAAAUGUAGUCAAGAACACGCUUUUUAAUGUGGUAUCAAUUUUGCUCACCAAAUUAGUAUGGAGAAUAUAAACUGACAGAUAUAUGCGGAUUCUACACUGUAAAAUGCCAGAAGCAAACAACCCAUAGCAUCAAAGACAAAAUAAAGUAAUUAGAAAAAGACCACAAUACUUUCGUCAUAAAUGUUUAGCAAAAUAUAUGAUAAACACUUGAAUGGAUCUCACCGCGUGCAAUGGUGCUGGGCAAAGAAAAUAUGCCACGAUAUAUAUUGAAUCCAACUGACGACUUCAGCUUCUGGCCUAAUGUUAAAUAAGGUGUAACCGGUCAGAGUAACGUAUACUCAUUGAUUUUAUAUAUUGUGUCCGAUCUCCCAUAUAAGGCAACCGUGUUGCACUGUAUUUCACUGAAAACUUGGCACAGCUCUAAUAUUAUUGAUGACAUUGAGACACCACAUACAUUGUACGCUAAAAUACGUGUACUUUAUACUUGUACUGCUACCACGUAGCUUCAUUAAAAUGUAGAAAUAAAAUCAAAGAAUAGACUUGAAUUGCGAAUUGAUUUUCAACGUGCGUGUAAUUACGCAAUAUACCGUAAUUAUAAUAGGUAUUUAAAUUUGUUCAAUUCGUUAGCCCUACAGUUGAGUGUUUAAUAUAUGUUUGUUUUCUACAAUAGCAAAACAUUUGCCAGCUAAUUUCGAAGGGGCGAAUCACCGGUCGUACUGGAAAAUAUUUACAUGGUAUUCUGCUAUUCCAGCUCCAGGGCAUUGUCAUUGUACAUAGGACGUUUGUGCUUCUUUCUGUGUUUUGGCUCGAACUUCAAACAUCUGUGUAUUCAUAUUUGAGUGUGUGACAUGACAUUGUCAUUGUUUGGACUUUUGGGGCUUUUUUCUCUGUUAUGUCUCAAACUUCGAGCAUUUGUUUAUUCAUAUUUGAGUGUGUAACAUUUACUACUUACUUACCUUAUGUAUAGUUUUGAAUAAAAAAACUAUUAAAAAGCCAGUUGUGAAGAUGGUGUACAUUUUUGAGCAUAUAGAGGUUUUAUAUGAACUGUUUUUUGUGUAAUAUUUUUUGAGAAAGUGGCAUUAAAGGAAAUAUUAAACGUUCAUCCAACACAAAUAAAAUAUAUAUUUGCAUCAAUUCAAGUCAAAAAUAUAUUUUGUGCAACUCGG